AUGAUGUAUGUCAAUGUUAUUUACAGUCUGCAUGUAGUGCUAAAUAUACAUGAUAAAUUUUCAGAAAGGAAGGUUGCAUACUAUGAAAAUACAGUUCGAGACACUGAUGAUAUGGAAAAAUUGGGAAGUAAAUCGAUUGAUAAAAUAAAAUUUGGAUCUCUAGUAGAUGAAGCUACUUUAAGAGGGUUGUCUAAAAAUAUCAUUGAAUUUGACGAAGAAGGAUUACCAAUUGGUACACCUUUGCAACCGGGAGAUGAGUUGUUACCUUGGCGAAAAGGCAGAGUAUAUCACAGACCUAGGCCCUUAUUAACCACACCUUGGAGAAAAGUUAAACCACGAUCUCGAGAUACCUCUACUGAAAAAUUGUAUCAAAAGAUAGCAACAGUUGAUGCUGUAAAACCAUGGACCGAAGAAGAAGUUGUUUUAAAAAAAGCACCUCAAAUUAUUAAAGAGUUUCCCAAAGAGAAAUUAGAAGAAGUUGAAUUACGACCUGCGAAAACUGAAAAACGAGAAAUUCAAAAGGAAACAUUACAAUGUGUCGAGUUGAAGCCUGUGCAAAAACAAUUAAAAACAGACGAUCUAUUACUGAAAAAACUUCUAAAUGAAGAGUUUGAAGAUGACAAUCAGCUGAAUAUUGAUACUGAAUCAGAGAAGGAAAAAACUUGGAAAGACGAGAAAAUAAUUCUUAAGCCGUCGAAACCGGAAAAGAAACCGAUUGUAAAAGAAGUACUGGAGGAAGUUGAGUUAAAGCCUGUUAAAACUGAGAAAAAAGAUUUUCAGAAGCCUCAAUUAGAAAAAGUUGAUCUUAAAUCUGUUAAGCAAAACGAAAAUACUACUUUCAAUAAACUGUUGGAGGGAUCUGCAAUAUACACAGAAACCGAAGAUUCUCAAAUAUUGAAGCUUGAUGGAGACAUAGAUAAAAGACAACAACUAAAACCACAUGAAAAAGAUGUAGGAAAAGUUAAACCUUGGACACAAGAAAAAAUAAGCCUAAAAAAAGUUGAAACAGGUAAAAAAGAACUCUACAAAGAACAAAUUGAAACAGUCAAAUUAAGACCGUUAAAACCUCAACAAAUUGAAACAUCAACUAAUGAACUGGAAGAAGAAAUACAUAGCCAACCAUACAUUUCAAUAGAAGACGUAACCAAACGAAUCACAACUAUAGAUAGUAAAAUAGAUAGCGUUGAUUCCAAGAUACCUGCAGAAGAGGAUAUAAAUGAUUCAAUUCUUCAUAAAAACGAAAUAAGACUACCAUCAUCCCAAAUCAAAAGCACCAGCGAAAGAAAGCACUCAGAAAAAUCUAGAUUACCUUGGCGACAAGAUAAAAAAACUGAUAAAAAAGACUUUCAUUCAGAAAUGUUAUAUGUUGAAACAGACGACCGUUAUAUUAUGAAAAAUAUCACGGAUAAAGAAAUCGAAGAAGACAGAACAAAAUUAGAAAAAUCAAUACAAAAAGUGAGAUUACCUAAGGAAAUUGAGACUUUGUCUACAAAGCCAAUAAAAGAAGAUGUAGAAUCACAAGACGUAAAAACUUUAGAAGAGCCAAAGAAGUACACUUCUUCAAUGUCAUUAAAAAAGAAAGAACCUGAAGUAGAUAGAAAAGAAACUGAGAAGUUGGUGAUUGAAGGAGAAAAAGAAACACAAAAACAGACAACGGAAAAAUCUACUAUGCCAUGGCAACGUAAAAAACAAAAACCAAAAAUAAACGUCCCUUCAGAAAUUAUCGACAAUGUAAAGGAAAAAAGUACUGCGUUUACUGAUAUAGACAAACAGCCAAAAUUAAUAACAGAGCCAGUUUCCAAAGAAAAGAAAGAAACUCAGACUCCAGAAGAAUUACAUUUACCUUGGAUUAGAGGCAAGAAAAAACCGGAAAUUGUACCGCAAAAAGAAAAACCUGAAGGUAAAGAGUCAGUUUCUUUGAAACCCAUAAAGAAAGCUGCUAAACUACAAGAUGAGUUGACUCCAGAAACUGUUGCAUUAAAACCAGUUCAAAGGUCAGAAAAGGUAUUAGAAGAAAUUAAAGAAUUUUCCUUGAAACCAGUUCCAAAGAAAAUUCCUGAAAAAACUGAAGAGGAAACUGAAGCAAAUGAUGUACAAAAAGACAAGAUAAUCGAGAAAGAGAAAGUAGAAAAAUCGACUGUGUCUUGGCGACGAGGAAAGAAACAGCCUAACGAUCAACAACAUAUCGAAGAUACUCAAGAAAAAACCACAGCAGAACUCGAAACUGAUACACAUCAGGAAACACUUACAAGGCAUAUUUCAGAAGAUAAAGAGGUUGAAAAGCCACAAGAAGAAUCCCGUUUACCAUGGAUAAGGGGAAAAAAGAAACCUGAUAAGGUAGCAUUAAAAGAAAAAAAAUCUACAGAAGAAUCAGUUAGUGUUCUAAAAAUAGAGAGAGACGUCCAGAUAGAAGAUCAAAAAACUCAGACAACAAAUGAAUUGCAGCCGAUUAAAAAAUUGGAAGAAAAUGUAGAAGUAAGCGAACGUUCCCCUAAACCAGUUGAAAAGAAAGUACAAAAAGACCUAGACAAGAAAACCAAAGGUUUCAGUAAUGAAGAGGAAAAGAAGGAACCAGAAGAAUCUGCAGUAUUAAGGGUACGAGAAAAGCAAAAACCGAAAGAAAAAGUCCCUUCAGAAAAUAUUGAUGAUAAAAUAUUGAAAAAAAGUACUGUCUUAAUUGAUGUAGAUAAACAGCCAAAAUUGAUAGCAGAGCAAGUUUCUGAAGACAAGGAAGAAACUCAGACUCCGGAAGAGUCACAUUUACCUUGGACAAGAGGCAAGAAAAAAGUAAAAAUCGUACGACAAAAAGAAAAACCUGAAGAGAAAGAGUCUGUCUCUUUAAAACCCACAAAGCAUGCUGCUAAAUUACAAGAUGAGUUGACUCCAGAAACUGUUGCAUUAAAACCAGUUCAAAGGUCAGAAAAGGUAUUAGAAGAAAUUAAAGAAUUUUCCUUGAAACCAGUUCCAAAGAAAAUUCCUGAAAAAACUGAAGAGGAAACUGAAGCAAAUGAUGUACAAAAAGACAAGAUAAUCGAGAAAGAGAAAGUAGAAAAAUCGACUGUGUCUUGGCGACGAGGAAAGAAACAGCCUAACGAUCAACAACAUAUCGAAGAUACUCAAGAAAAAACCACAGCAGAACUCGAAACUGAUACACAUCAGGAAACACUUACAAGGCAUAUUUCAGAAGAUAAAGAGGUUGAAAAGCCACAAGAAGAAUCCCGUUUACCAUGGAUAAGGGGAAAAAAGAAACCUGAUAAGGUAGCAUUAAAAGAAAAAAAAUCUACAGAAGAAUCAGUUAGUGUUCUAAAAAUAGAGAGAGACGUCCAGAUAGAAGAUCAAAAAACUCAGACAACAAAAGAAUUGCAGCCGAUUAAAAAAUUGGAAGAAAAUGUAGAAGUAAGCGAACGUUCCCCUAAACCAGUUGAAAAGAAAGUACAAAAAGACCUAGACAAGAAAACCAAAGGUUUCAGUAAUGAAGAGGAAAAGAAGGAACCAGAAGAAUCUGCAGUAUUAAGGGUACGAGAAAAGCAAAAACCGAAAGAAAAAGUCCCUUCAGAAAAUAUUGAUGAUAAAAUAUUGAAAAAAAGUACUGUCUUAAUUGAUGUAGAUAAACAGCCAAAAUUGAUAGCAGAGCAAGUUUCUGAAGACAAGGAAGAAACUCAGACUCCGGAAGAGUCACAUUUACCUUGGACAAGAGGCAAGAAAAAAGUAAAAAUCGUACGACAAAAAGAAAAACCUGAAGAGAAAGAGUCUGUCUCUUUAAAACCCACAAAGCAUGCUGCUAAAUUACAAGAUGAGUUGACUCCAGAAACUGUUGCAUUAAAACCAGUUCAAAGGUCAGAAAAGGUAUUAGAAGAAAUUAAAGAAUUUUCCUUGAAACCAGUUCCCAAGAAAAUUCCUGAAAAAAAUGAGGAGGAGACUGAAACAAAUGAUGUACAAAAAGAUAAGGUAAUCGAGAAAGAAAAAGUAGAAAAAUCUACUGUGUCUUGGCGGCGUGGAAAGAAACAGCCUAACGAUCAACAACAUAUCGAAGAUACUCAAGAAAAAACAACAGCAGACCUUGAAACCGAUAAACAUCAGGAACUAGUUACAGGACUUAUUUUAGAAGAAGAGAAGACGGAAAAGUCACUAAAAGAAUCUCAAUCACCGUCUAUCAGAUAUAAAAAGGAAAAAAAAAUGAUCGUCGAAAAAAAAGAAAUUCCAGAGGACACUGUUACAGCGCUUCCCAUAGAUCGUUUAAAAAUUAUAACGGAUACAUUCGAAAAUAAACAACAAAUGCAAACGCAAAUAGACAUAUCCAUUAUUGAUGAAAGUAAGAUCACAGCACCCAAAUUUACUAAAAAGUUGAAGCCAGUUGCAGUUGAUUCUGCUGCAUCUUCUGGAAAUCUUGUUGUAUUGGAACAAGAAGUAGAAGGCAUUGCUCCUUACUUUAUAAAUCCAAUAAAGCCCGUAGUGAUCGAAAACACUGAGCCCGGAAUAUUUGAAUGUGUACUCACAGGAAAACCGUUACCUGAAAUAAAGUGGUAUCGCAAUGAGACUGAAAUUAAACCAGAAAAAAAUAAGACUGAGAUAAAGUUCAUGCCAGAAACAGGACAAGCAAAAUUAAUGAUUAUGAAUCCAACAUUAGAGGAUGAAGCUGUUUAUAGAGUACGUGCUGUCAAUAAAUUCGGAAAAGCAGAAUGUAGAGCCAAUCUUGUUCGCAAAACGGCCAUUGUAUCAAAACCAGAGAUACUUUAUGCACCAAAGAUAAUUCGACCUCUACCGGCAACGAUUACACAGAGUGGUAGAUCAUUGGUUCUUUCAGUAGAAUUUCAAAGUGAUUCUAUAGCAGAAGUUAAAUGGUACAGAAAUAAUAUCGAAAUCGUUCCAUCUGGUAAUAAAAUAAUUAAAAAUUAUAAGAAUACUUCAGAGCUUCAUAUACCAGAAGUUAAGAAAAAAGAUACCGGAAAGUAUGAAGUACGUGUACAAAAUACUGUCGGAGAAGCUCGAAGUUCUGGUUCAGUCUCAAUAAAAGAAGAACAAGAAACAGACAAAGUAAAGGGGCCAAGAUUUAUUCAACCUAUUCAACCACAAAUUGUAUCCGAGGGUGAAGUUGUUAUUAUGGAAACAACUGUUGAAGCUUACCCAACGGCCUCAUUUCAGUGGUUCUACGAAAAUCGUCCAUUGGAGUCGUCUCAUGAAAUACGCAUUACAACAAAAGAAAACAAGUCUGUUUUAAUGAUCAAAGAAGUAAAACCUGAAUUCGCUGGAAGAUACACCAUACGAGCUGAAAAUGUUGCUGGGUCAGUAACAAGCUCAGCUAGUGUGGAUAUCCUAGAAAUACCAUGGCAAGAGACUGUAGAAUUUGUAUCACCUUCUUUCGUGAAAAAACUUUCUCCCAUUCGCGUUAUGGAUGGUGAAAGUGUCAAUUUAAAGUGUACAGUACACGGUAAACCAAUUCCAAAAGUUGAAUGGUUCCAUGAUAAUAAACCUAUUAAAGAAGGAAAACAAAUCACAAUCUUACAAGAUACAGAGGGUGUGUGUAAUCUCGCUAUCAGUGAAGUAUUUCCUGAAGAUGCUGGCGAAUAUAUAUGUCAAGCUGUCAAUCAAAUAGGUACAGCUACAUGCACGACGUCUUUAGAAGUUGAAGCUUAUGAAUACAUUCCCGACUCAGAAAUAUCAUCAUCAGCUGUAGCGGCAUCACUGACAGGACAAAGUGAAUCUGAAGAAGACUUAUUAUCACCUAAGGAAGUACCAUCGGAAUCUGACACGGAAGAAUUUGCUCCAGAAAUUAUUAAGGAACUUCCACAGUUGAUAUCAACCAAGGAUGGCGUAUUAACAAGAUUGGAAGUAAAAGUCAAAGGAAAGCCUAAGCCUGAUGGCAAAUGGUAUAAACAAGAUAUAGAAGUACAACAAUCCAAUGAAUUCCAAAUAGAGGAAAUAGAAGACGGUACACAUGUUCUUACCAUUACCGAAACUUAUCCAGAUGACACUGGUGAGAUCACUUUUAAAGCACAUAAUCCCUUAGGUGUAUCGACGACGACUACAUAUUUGACUGUGGAAGGAAUCAUUGGAACUAAACAAUAUCGAAAACCUGAGUGGGUCACACAAAUGGAAGAAAUGCAAGAAGCCCUUCGAGGACAAGAGUCCGAGCCUCACGGCGGUUUCGACUCAUAG